AUGCAACAAGCUGCGUCGGGCUCGACUGUACCCAAGGAUGUCGUGGCGAUCUUCCAUGCUUCGUUCCAUCCUACCCAGGGCAACACUGUAGACUGGUCCGCCAAAGCUAAUGACGACUUGAAUCUGGAUGGCGUUGAGUUUUGCGUACUCCCCUCUGGUCUGCACACCGUCGACCGCGACGUCAUUUACUUCACCCAUGCUGGCCACCCAGGCAUUUGCGUCUUCAACCGCCGCGCAACCGAAGCGCACGGACACCGUGGUUUCCGACUUGCAUCCCUGGCUCUCUUACUGGCGCCUUCGGCCCGCCCGCGACCAUGGCGACACCUCGCCGCUCUAUCGGGCUUAGCUGACGCAAUCUACGCUGGAGCGGAGGACGGUGACAUGGAUACGCUUUCAGAGGCACAAUGGGAGCCUGCACGUGCGUUCUUUGAGGAACGUAGGCAUGCCGACGAGGAGAGAAAGUGGAACGGGUGGGAAGAGGAGCUGAGGGACUGUGGAGAGGAGGAUCCGGCUCUAGCGUUACCCACGCUUCUGCGUACACUUGGCCCGUCGAGCAUUGCGCUCUACAAGCAUAUUCUGGGCCGCCAACGAGUGUUAUUUUACACGGCCCCACCUGUGGCCCGUGCGGGCGCUCUAUGCAGGGCCGCGGCCGACAUGGCUAUGCGUCUGCAACUGUCCCCGCCAUCCCAUCUCGAGCUAUCCCCUAAAGCGAAGGAUGGCGUACCUCUGAUUGGAAUGGUCACAUUGCAUGAUCUAGAUAGGUUGGAGAAGACAACGGGCGAAGGAAGGGGUUGGAUCGCGUGCACAACAGACGCUCUCUUCCUAGAGAGGCCACAGUACUACGACUUGGUCGUGGACUUGACACCAAAGAGUGGAACGCGACCGGCACUCUUCGUGUCAAGACCUAUUCCAGGCGCACCGCCCAGGGGCUCGACGCAUAGGCUGCAGACCACACGAUUCACUUGGAGUGAUGUUCGAUUAUGGACAGAACUCGAACGCAUCCUGUCUCUCGACGCGGAAGCUUUCCACUCCGCACAUUGUCCGGACCCCUCGCACCCAAGCUCGUCAUCCUCUUCUCCAUCAAACUCGCAAUGGUCCUCUCCGCCGCCUUCGGCUCCUCAACUCCGCUGGGCCGACACGUGGCGAGUCUAUGAAGAUGUAUGCGUCCUCUGUGCCGGGAUAUGGAACCGCUCUCGCGACUGGUCUGCAGCAGACGACGGUGCUGUGCGUCUCGAAGGACCAGACGAACUGGGCGUACCCGAUGGGGCCGAGGCAGACGCGGUAGAACUCGACACAGGGCCACGGCCUAGAAAAACGCGAAACACGGCGCUGAAGAGGGCGAGCGGGAUGAUUGCUAGCCGGACAAGCCAAAUCGGACGUCCUAGUACCGGUAGUAAGGCGGGAACAUCGACCACGACGUUCGAACUUGUGGAAAACGAGGAAGGGUUGGAUGAUGACGGGCUCAGCCCGCGGGCGAGGACAUCAUUGGCUCUUUUGAGGGUAGUGCAUGCGCAUGCUGCGUUACUACUCGCGCGUCUUGCGAGGGCUUUGCCGCCGACUGAGGAGAGGGGUUCGAGGGUCAUGUUGCCUGCCAGCGCGCUCUCGGCGCUGGAAUUAGGGGUACUGUCGGGCUCGGAUGCUCGAUUCGUAGCCUGGCUAGGCAGGGAGUGGGCUGGGUGCGAGGUCGGCGUGAGGAGAGGGUGGAGGGAUAUAGCUGGUUGGAUGUUUGGCUUUGGCAUGAUUGGCGCAUGA